AUGGAAUCUGCGCGAAGCCUCUACAAAAAUGACAUCGAUUUUGCAGCCUUGGCGCUGCAAUCGCGCGAUUUCGCCAAGCACUUGACACCAAACGGCCAACUGAACUUUACUGAUCCAGCCGCUGUCCGACAACUCACCACCACCCUCUUGCAGCAAGAUUUUCACCUGAAAGUUGAGAUCCCCGAGAAUCGACUGUGUCCACCGGUACCAAAUAGACUCAACUACAUCCUCUGGCUGCAAGACCUCAUCGACUCCAGCGCUGGAGGACUGCAUGAGGGGUAUGACCGAUACCGGGAGGUCGUCGGCCUCGACAUCGGAACGGGAUGCAUCGGUAUCUAUCCCCUGCUGGGCUGUGCGACACGGCCGCGGUGGAACUUUGUAGCAACAGACAUUGACUCGAACAAUAUUCGCACCUCCCAGCAUAACGUGGCGCUUAACAACCUCGAAUCACGAAUUCGGAUCGUAGACUCUGACCCAGACGGACCUCUCUUCCCGUUAGAGAAGCUAGGCUGUCAGACCCUCGACUUCACCAUGUGCAACCCACCAUUUUACACCUCAUCCUAUGAGCUGAACAAAUCUGCUGAGCAGAAGGAACGAGACCCCUUUUCGGUUUGCACUGGCGCCGAAGUGGAAAUGGUGACCAAUGGCGGAGAAGUAGCUUUCGUGAAGAAAAUGAUCGACGAGAGUCUCCAGCUGCGCGACCGCAUCCAGUGGUACACAUCCAUGCUCGGAAAAUUAAGCAGCAUCAACGUACUCGUGGAGACCCUGCUUAAGCAUGAGAACCACAAUUUUGCAGUCACCGAGUUCGAGCAGGGAAGCAAGACGAAGCGCUGGGCCGUGGCGUGGUCAUGGGGAGACAGACGGCCUGCCAUGAAUGUUGCGCGUGGAAUCCCCGGCUGCCCGAAGAGUCAUUUGCCUUUCCCUUCAGAUUACACAUUUACGCUACCACCUGACAUAUCAAUUGACACAGCAACUGCUGCGAUAAAUGCAGAACUCGAAUCGUUGCCUUGGUUUUGGUGUUGGGAUCAGUCUCGUUCUGCGGGGACUGGAUUCGCUGCUGAGAAUGUGUGGUCGAGAUUCGCCCGCCGGAAGAUGAAACUUGCCGGGGAGGGUGCGGCGAAAUUAAAGGUGAUUCCGGCCCAGGUGGCGCUAGGAGUGCGUCUGCAGAUACGGCUGGUCCGGGGGCAGAAACCGGAUGAGAAAGAGGUGAAGGUUUUAGUCCGCUGGGCGCAGGGGACCGACACCGUUUUGUUCGAGAGCUUCUGUGGGAUGAUGAAGAGGAAGUUGGAAUCAAAAUAA